CGUUUAGCUUGCUCACGGCUUAGUACAUGCACAAAAAAGCAAAACACACUCGUUUGUUUGUUUUUUUUGGGUCCCUUUGUUUUUAAAAAAAUCCUCCGUCCUCUUCAAUUCCGUUACCGUCACCGUCCACCAUCCGUUUCUCUCCUCCUCCUCAUUAACUCGCCGUAGUUAACGGUAUGAAGGACGCCGUCAACGAUUCCUUUUCGCCGGGAUCUUCUCGUCCUUCCCCGUCGACGCUAUCCCGAGAAGAUUACUGGAGCGAGGAAGCGACCUUCACGCUCAUCCAAGCCUGGGGCCGCCGCUACGUCGACCUCGGCCGAGGCAGCCUCCGUCAGAAACACUGGCAGGAGGUCGCCAACGCCGUCAACGACCGCCACUUCAACACCGGGCGCCACGUCUCCGCCGCGAAAUCGCAGCCGUACCGCACCGACGUGCAGUGCAAAAACCGAAUCGACACGCUGAAGAAGAAGUACAAGGCCGAGAAGGCUAGGGUUUCGGAAUCGCGCGUCAGCGCGUGGCCUUUCUUCUCCGAUCUCGACGAGCUUCUCCGGGAAACGUUCCCGGCGUCGUCUGGCGCGGCUCCUGAUAACAACCAGAGACCGUCUCAUUCGCUGCCGAUGUCGAUCGUCCCGGUUCCCGUGGCUCCGAGAUCGGCGAUCUCGAGACGUCCGGCGCCGGCGAUUAUGUCUCUCGGCGGGGAUAAUCUGCUCGGAUUUCGCGGGAAUCUGAACGCGUUCGCGGCGGCGGCUGCUGCGGCGGCGUCUCCGGCGUAUGAGGAGGAUUCGGAUGGGUCGAGGUCGAGAUCGAGCGGAGGAGGGAACAGGAAGCGGGAGAGGGAGAGGGAGAGGGAGAGGGAGGGUUACAAGGAGGUAGCGGAAGCGAUAGAGAGGUUUGGGAAGAUAUACGAGAAGGUGGAGGAGAGGAAGAGGAAGGAGAUGGUUGAGUUGGAGAAGCAGAGGAUGCGUUUCGCUAAGGAGUUGGAGUGUCAUAGGAUGCAGCUCUUCACCGAGAUGCAGCUUCGUCUUCACAAGCUCAGGCGUUCCUCUGGCUCCGCCUCCAAUGGUGGUCCCACCACUUCUUCCGCUAACGCCGCUCUUGAGUAUGGGAUGAUGGAUUUCCCUAGCUACUUCUAAAGCAUCAGAGAGUUUGUGAUUAUAGCCAUUGAUGAAGAAGGAACAUGUCCGCUCAGCCCAGCACUAAGACUUACAAGGCAUUUCCAGUUUAGUGACUUUGUGUGAAGCAUUAUCCUCAGAUUAAUACAAUCAGAGCAUAUUUCAAAUAGGAAUAUAGGAAGUUACAGUAAGCACAAAAAGAAACAUUUAAAAUUUUAAUUGGAAAAAAUGGCUCUGUGAAACAAUUUGUUACAAGAGGAAA